GAUGGGCAGUGGCUCUCCACAGAUGGCCUUACUCCCUCUUUCUCUCUACUACAAACCUUUCCUGCUGGCUAAUUAGAACCAGGUUGAGGGAGAGUGUUUUAGUCCUCCUGCUGCCUUUGGAAGGAGACAUCUGGAGCAUCCUGAAUGAUGGCUGGGAAGCUGUGGAGCACUGUCCUCCUUUCACUGGCUUUUUCUGGCUUCUUCUGUGAGGAAGUUACCAUAUCCAAUAAUAGUCAAGGAACUACUGGGUCUCCCAUGAUAAAUGUCACUUCAGCAGCAAAAAGUGCCACUUCAAUGAGCACAAUUGCAACUACUACCAUUAAAGACCAAAGAUCUCAGACUCCUCACAUCCGGGCAAAUGAAACAGACAGAUUAGAAAAAGUCACUGAAGGCAGACCUAAAAUAACAGCAGGCACAACCACAUCAACACCAAAGAUUCCUGUGACUUCAGCAUUCAACUUGGGUCCAGCAAUUUUAGUUCAGAGUUCUCAGAGCCCUGAUAACCAGACAAAUACAACAGUCAGACUAGAAAAAGAAUCUGAAGAUGGACCUAAAAACAAUUCAGGAUUAACUAAUCAGGAAAAACAAGAUGAUGCUUCUUACAUUGGUAUAAUUUUGCCAGUUGUCAUUGCCCUAAUAGUAAUAAGUGUCAUCGUAUUCCUUUUAAUGGCUUUGUACCGAAUGUGCUUGAAGACAACGCCAGAGAGGCAAGAGAAUGGAACUGAACAAGCCCCAUCGGAUAAAGAGAAUGUGAAACUCAUUUCUGUUAAGACAACUUCUUCAGACUCAGGCAUGUUCAGUUUCUUGACCCUUUCCUCCUAUGACUUGCCUUUAGGCAUGUCAUUACCUUUGGAAUCCUUCAAACCAAUCAGAGCAGACUUCUCAGGGAAGGAAUAAAACUCGGCAACAUAAUGAUUCCUCCUCAUGCCAAGGCAAUAAAUGUAUGUGAAGAAUUCCUGUUUCAUUCCAGAAACGAUCGAACAAAGUUGGAUUUUCUUGAUGUGAGUCAAGAGCAUCUAUGCAUCACUGAAAAAAACUAUUCAUUUUCAUUUCUCUGCAAUUUUGCCAUGUUGUCAUGGUUUUUUUUUUACAUGCCUGCUGUUUACCUCUAAAAAGAAUUUUGUAGUUUUUCUCUCUCUUUCUGUCUUUCAGUCCAUUGCUCUACAAGACCUAUUUAUUGCUUUCCAUGUAUGUAAGGCAGACAAAAAAUUGCAUAAUGUAAAACUAUAUAAAAAUGCACUUGACAUUUGCCAAUUCUGACACUGUAGUUUUGUACAUAAAAAUAUAUUCUGCCUGUAAA